AUGUGUAGAUACUCUAAUUCCAGAAAUAAUGUCUUUGAAACCCUAUUUAAUUCUCCUAAUCCUCCUCGCCCAGACUCAUCUCGCCGCCAAUGGAGAGUCACCCCGCUUCGAGAUCUUCUCCCCCUUCGACUCCCUCCUCCCGCCGCUUGCACCGUCCACUGUCUGAACCAUCCGCCGCCAGAUUUGCCGCCGAAUUUACAGUCUGAGAUGAAUCUGAAUUACUCCGGCGAAAAGUUCCAGCGGGACCUUCGUUCACCUCCGGCAACGGCACCUUUACAUUUGACGGCAGAUGAGUGUGCGUGCGACGAAAGAGGCGCGUGGAAAACGAACCGCCGCAUUGUGCGGAAUUGGAUUCGCCGCCAUGGUUAA